AUGGUGAAGCAGGCUGUCCCCCUGCAGCCCAUGGAGAUCCACAUGCUGAUUUUACUUAUAACAAUUCCUUUAACUCCUCCCGCAGUGGUGGCUCCACCACUCCAUAUUUUGCCGCCGCGGAGGGCGCACUCUCCUGACCCAAGCAGCGACAGCGCGGUGUGCCUCACCUUCCUUCCGGCCGCCAUCUCGUUCUAUCCCUGUGUUGUGCUCCGUCCUCGUCCCGCGCCCACAACCCUCACCUUUUCCACGCUCUGGCGCCGCUGCUUCCGCCCUAAGAAGAUGAAAGAAACGAUCAUGAACCAAGAAAAGCUUGCCAAGCUCCAGGCCCAAGUGCGCAUUGGUGGCAAGGGUACUGCCCGCAGAAAGAAGAAGGUUGUCCACAGAACAACUACAGCAGAUGACAAGAAACUUCAGUUUUCUUUAAAGAAACUGGGUGUCAACAAUAUAUCUGGAAUUGAAGAGGUAAAUAUGUUUACCAACCAAGGAGCAGUCAUUCACUUCAAUAACCCUAAAGUUCAGGCAUCCCUGGCUGCUAAUACUUUCACUAUCACUGGCCACGCUGAGACAAAGCAGCUGACAGAAAUGCUUCCUAGCAUCUUAAAUCAGCUUGGAGCUGACAGUUUGACUAGCCUGAGGAGAUUGGCAGAAGCCCUACCCAAGCAAUCUGUGGAUGAAAAAGCACCACUUACUACUGGUGGUGAUGAUGAUGAUGAUGAAGUUCCAGAUCUUGUUGAAAAUUUUGAUGAAGCUUCAAAGAAUGAGGCAAACUGA